UCGAAGCAACCGUGUUUUUCACCUGAUGGAACUUCUUAGAUCUGCAAAGAAUUUUUAAAUUUUCCGAAGUUUUCCCGGUGCAAUAUUGGUGGUUCCGUUUUGUGAGAAAAGCAUCUACUUCAAUUUCGUGCGAACACGUGAAAAUGGGUGUCUCCGGUUUGGUAACGUAUCUGGAACGCAGCGGUUGUACGAACUUAGUGGUCAUUCCCGAUGAGAUCCAGAAGUGCGGCAAGGAGGAACCUCUGGUCGUGAUAGAUCUGCUUACGCUAAUACAUAACUUGAGUGGUCCGACGAAUGAGCAGAUAUACGGCUGCCGGAAUCAGUUUGCUUGGGACUACGCAGCCCAGUUCUGCGAUCGGAUGAUCGAGGCCGGUGCUCGGCUGGUGUUCUUCAUUGAUGGAAAACUUCAGGAGGGUAAAUACUCACAUUGGAUUGUACGGCAGGAGCAGGCCUAUCGAGAUUGUUUGAGGAAGGUGGAAACCAUCCCCAACGAUUACCGGAUCAAGUUCGAAAAAAGUAUCGGAGGCAACGUGGUCAAACAUGCAUUCACCUCGGCGUUGGUGACCGCAGCUCGGACGAAGGGAGAACUCAUCACCUCGUACGAUGUUGAAUGCGAUCAGGCGGUGGCUAGCUAUGCGAAAAAACAUGACGCGCUAGCGAUUAUUACGGGGGAUUCCGAUUUUUUGAUCUUCGAGGGGAACUUUCGGAUUUGGUCCAGUAAUGAUCUGAAUCCGCAGCGUAUGAGCACAAAGGAGUGGAAUCGGGAAAGGCUGCGUAAAACAUUCAACUUGGAGUGGAACCAAAUGCCGUUCUUUGCCGCAAUUGCUGGAAAUGAUCUGUUCAAGUGUCGACCUCGCCAUAUGCACAAUUUGAACCAUGUUGGGCAGCUGGUACAGAGGCUGAACUUGAGGCGUGGAUAUACGAAAAUUACAACUGAUCUGUUUAAACAGAUAUUCGGCCAAAAAGAUAUUGAAAACAAGUACGGUUUCGAAAAGGCCGUCGAGUUUUAUGAUACGGACUACACCGUUUCGAAACCGAUUGUGCCUUCUGAAAUGUGCCACUAUCCGAACUACGCUUUGAGCAUAAUCCGGGGCGUUCCGGGCUCGAUUCGUUUGCCGUGUUUGGAUUUGCGAGAGGCCGAUUAUUCUCAGAUUGCACUGCAAGUUUACCGACGUCAGGUAGGCGUUCUGUUCUAUCACCGGACGGUUGUUCCCGAACAAGCUGUAACGUCACCGGUCUUCGUCAAACUGAAUCACAACGAUACAUACAACAUCAUUGAGACUACGCCGAUUACCCCUUCUUCGGCGGUAAAUGUUCCGUUGCCGGAGGAACUCUAUUCACCAGAUCCUCAGCUGUCGAAGAGCCUGAAAGAGGUCAAGUAUCGACUGUUGACCUGGAUAGUUUCGGACACACUUACUUUUGAAGAAGUAUGCCAAAUCGAUCCCGAGUAUUUGUUGGACGUGCUUAACCUUUACUUUUUGGUUGAGGCAAAUCUUCUGGACAUUACGACGGCCGACAUUAUCCUACUGACGAUCGACGACUGCAUCAAGAAGCGCAUUCCACGUGGCAUUCCUUUACAGCCCCCAACAAGACCCAACGUCACGACAAGCUUUCUGUAUUCCAAUUUCUACGCCCUGAUGUACUUCAACGCCGAGACUGCCGGCUUAGGUGGGAAGCUGGCCCGCACGUUCCUGUGCAAAUUCGACGGGGUGUACUUCAAUACAACGGUGGACUCCCUGCGUAACGAUGCCGAUUUGUUGGCUUCCAAGCUGGAGCCCAUCGCGUCGUAUCGGGUGUAUACCAAACUGGCCAACCGCGAGGCGGACAAACCAGUGCCAAUCUCGAGAGGAGAAACGCCAGCUUCGGAUGUGGACGAGGAACCGCCACGAAAAAUUGGUCGGUAGAUGUAGGUAUGUAAUCAAUAUGUUAUACUGCAUGGUACACUGUUGAAUUUAUUUGAAUUGAUCGUUGAAUUUUGACUUGAAUUAAGUAAACGUUGAGGAAACGUUGAAUGGUUAGAAAAAUACGUAAGAUACCUACUUCGUAAUAUAUUAUAAUUUGACAAUA